AUGUCUUCCUCUUUCCAGAACAUCGUCAUUAUCGGCGCCUCGGGCGCCAUAGGUAGCAUAAUACUCGAAGCUUUCCUCAAAACUCCUUCUGUGACAAUCACAAUCCUUCAACGCGUCUCCACCACCAGAACCGUCUUUCCCCCGUCAGCUCGCGUCAUAACCAUCCCGGACGACUACCCCCACGACUCACUUGUCGCCGCCUUCGCAAACCAAGACGCAGUGAUCAACUGCGUUACAACCCUCGCUGCGCACACUCAAGUCCGGAUCAUCUCCGCCGCCGUCGAGGCCGGCGUCCGGCGCUUCAUUCCUUCCGAGUACGGGCUCAACAACAACAACCCGGCCGCCCGCGCACUUUGCCCCGUCUUUCGCGAGAAGGGUGAGGUGCAGGACUACCUCCGCACCCUGGAGCACCGCAUGGAAUGGAUGGCCGUCGCGAACGGCAUGUGGCUCAAAUGGAGUGCCACACAUGAAUUCCUUGGCAUGCACAUCGCCGCGAGGAAGUUCGUCCUUUGGGAUGAUGGCGAGGGCUUGUUCAGCACGACGACUGAGGAGAACACAGCCCUUGCGGUCGUGAACGCACUGACCAACAAAUGGGAGGAGACGGCGAACAAGGUCGUCUGGUUGAGCGAUUUUGCUGUGUCUCAGAAGCAGUUGCUGGAAGCGGUUGAGCGAUUCAUGGGGGAGAAGUUCGAGACAGAGUUCAUUGACUCGAAGUCAUUUAUACGGGAGAAGCAGGCAGCUGCCGCGGCUGGGGAUGGUGGGGCCACGUAUGCACUGAUCGAGACAGGGUUCGUUAUGGGAAAAUACGGGGGCCAUCUGGAGAAAGAGGGCGAUAUCAUGAAUGAGCUGCUGGAAAUUCCAAAGCGGUCACUUGAUGAGGUUGUGAAGGCUGCUGUUGAGGCGGUGAAGACGUCAUGA